AUGCAGCUGCCGCGGCAUACACUCACGUCGCGCGCGCCGCGCCCGGCGUUUGCGAGCGCGAGCUUUGCGUACGUCGGCAAGGGGAAGGAUGCAGGGGUAGUCGCGGGGUGCGCGACUGACGAGGGAUUCGCGGUCGUACACGUGCCAUCCCUCGAGGUCGCGAUCCGGAGGAGCUUUGCGCCGCCGUGCGGGCUUGCACACGCUGUGCCUCUUGGGGAUACGUCGCUUAUCGCGCUGGUUGGUGGGGGUGAGGCGCCGCUCUUUUCGCCGACACAGGUGGUGCUGUGGGACGACGCGUACGUGCCGCCGGCGCGUCCGGCGGCCACGACGCUCUUUUCGCUCGAUGACGACGGCGUGCACACGUCGCCGGCGCUGCCUGCAACGUACGGGACGCCAGGCAUGCCCGUGUGCCAGCUCGAGAUGCACGCGCCGGUCUGCGGCGUGCACGCAAUUGCCCCAGACGCGGCGCAUAUCUAUCUCGCAGUGGUGCUGCCUACACACGCGCUCCUCUUGGAGCUCACGUUGCACGAUACAUGGACGGUCAAGCGCCGUCUGCGCCUCGAUACGGCGCGCGAGGCACGAGACGUCUGUGCACUGCAGUACAGUCCGUCGGCCCACGCCGUGCUCCUCGCCGUGCCGGGACGCACGCUGGGGCACGUCCAGCUCGCGCAGGUGCCGCUGGAUGACGCGAGCGUCGCGGCGACGACCAUCUUUAUAGCGUCGCAGUCGCCCGUCGCCGCGCUCGCGCUAUGGCACGGCGGCCUGCUCGCCACCGCAUCAGAGCGGGGGACGCUCGUGCGCGUCUGGCGUAUCGUGAACUCGCCGCCACACGCGGCACAUGCCGCGCCACGCACCGCGAUCCAGGUGCACCUCGUGCGCGAGCUGCGGCGCGGCCAGGAUCCGGCGGAUACGCACGGCCUCGCGUUCGCACCGGACGCCGCUUGGCUGGCUUCAGUAAGCGACAAGGGCACCGUGCACUUUUUCCGGUGCGAUCCCAGCGCGCCGCCGCGCACGGCCGCCGAGCGCUCCGCUGCCAAGUUCUACCUGCCGCUCCAAGUGUUUCCGGGCGGGGAGCAGGGCGCAGAUACCGACGUCCAGGAAGGGGCAUGGGCACGCACCGCAGCACGCCUCGCGGCCGUGAGCCGAGGCACCGCGCCUCGCCAAGAGCGCGCAUCGCUCGUGUGGCAGGACACGACGCUCUACGUCCUAACUACGUCGGGUGCGUGCUACGGAAUUGUGCCUGACGACGGUGCGCCUGCGUCCGUCCAAAAUGCGCCACCCUCGAUGCAGCACCUGCAGCACCAGUGCACCCUCACGCACCUCGCGCUCCUCGCCUGGGACGAAGACGCGUGGGUGUAG